GACGAAACCGGAAGUUAUUGGCGCAUCGUUUUAACUCGCUCAGAAAUGUCUUCGAUCGACGUGAACGAUUUUAUUCAACAAAACAGAGCUUUAGCCGAGCAGGUGGAGACGUUCCGGGGUUACUGGGAGAGCGAGGAACACUGGAAGGCCAGAAGAGAGUUUCUCCUCCGCAACAUAAACGACUAUGAGCUGGAGCAGCUGGACCACCUGGUGUCUCUGUCCAUGGUGUGGGCCAACAACGUCUUCAUGGGCUGUCAGUACAGCUCUGAGCUCCUGGAAAAAGUGAAGGAAAUGGCCGAGGGCAUUGUAGUGAAGGACGCGCCAAUUUUUAAGACGAGAGAAGAAAUUAUGAAGAAGCAGCAGGGUCGAUGACCAGAUGAGACCGUUCGGAUGGGACUUGGAACGUUCGAGUCAUCUCAGACCACAGUUUUUUUUAUGUUAUGGAUUUUUUAAAGUGGAAACAUUUUCAUACCUUUCUUUGAAUAUGUUCAUUUUAAAACAGAUUUUAAAGUGUAGUCAUUGAUUUUA